AGAACUUAUGUAGCAACCCAUGCCGCAAAACUCUAAACCAGAUACUAGUUAUUCGAAAUUAUAACGUUUUUUUUUUAACUGAGCUUCCCCCAAGUUACAUAGCAUCUAAGGUCCCUAGAAUUAGCAUUAGCCAGCCAUGACCGACUCGGAUGAGAGUGCCUGGAUCCACUGGUUCUGCAAGCAGCGCGGCAACGAGUUCUUCUGCGAGGUGGACGAGGACUACAUCCACGACAAGUUCAACCUCAACUUCCUGGACUCGAACGUAACGAACUACCGCUGUGCCUUGGAGGUGAUCCUCGACCUCAACUCGGGCUCAGCCUCGGAUGCACCCGCCGAACCGGAACUGGAGGCCAGUGCCGAGAAGCUGUACGGCCUGAUACACGCCCGCUUCAUCCUCACCAACCGGGGCAUCGAGCUGAUGCUGGACAAGUACCAGAAGGGUGCAUUCGGCACGUGUCCGCGCGCCUUCUGCCAGCGCCAGUCGGUGCUGCCCAUCGGGCUGAGCGACAAUCCCGGCGAGGAGAUGGUCCGCAUCUACUGCCCCAAGUGCAACGAUGUCUACAUCCCCAAGGCGGCACGGCACUCCAAUCUGGACGGAGCCUACUUCGGCACCGGAUUCCCACACAUGCUGUUCAUGGUGUGUCCGGAUGCCCGGCCCAAGCGGACGAAGCAGAAGUUUGUGCCCAGACUCUAUGGCUUCAAGAUCCACCAGAUGGCCUACCGACCCCCGAAUGAGGGCUUCAAAGAGAUGUCGCCAGUGCUAGAAAUCGAUACCACAUCCCAUCCCUGAUCCUGAAUGCUAAAUUUUGUAAUGUGAAACUGUAGCUACUGUUUUCGGCUGGUUGGCUGCCAGCUCGAUUAAACUCUCAUAACUUGCGUUGCGAACCGCUUGACAAUCUUUUGUUCGGAUUUAAUGGCUUGCGAGCAGGCCCAGAAUGGCCAUUGUCUUUCCCAUCUCUACAGCAUUUAGCUGGGGCAUAUGCAAAUCUGCGGUAAUUGGGUCUCAGUCUCAGGUGAAGCUCGGAUCGGAUUGGAUUUGGCUGAGCUGAGCUGAGCUGAGUUGAGCUGGCUUGUACUAAGCUGCAAGUGAAGGGCUGAUGAUCUCUGGUUUGCGCAAUGCGUCUGAAUAUUAAGUAUACGCCGUGUGGCGCGGACAACCUGUGGGAGAACCUCAUUGGCGCUGGCUUACACAACUAAUUUCCGAAUCUUGUGCAAAAGAUCUUCUGCCCGAGUGUUUGAGUACAGGGCCUUCACUGACUUUCAUGCUUCAUUGGCGUUUAGGUGCUACGCUUGGCGCUUUUGUCUGCCUUUUUAUCGCCGCCUGGUCAUCUCCAGACUGCCUUUCUUGGGCAUGUCCAGCAGUAGUUCUUCUUCCGCCACUUAAAGUUUCUCUAAUGCAUAAGCAUUGCAAAAUGACCCCAACCAAUUGUUGUUUGCUACCCGCACCCUAGAAAUGUACUGGGAUCGCUGGCUGCAAUUGUUUCCCAGGCGGAUGAGAUCGGUGUCGUGUUCUAAUUCCGCAAAUCUAACAAAAGACAAACAGUAGCCCAUUCGACAAAUUGAUGGCGAUCUUAGCCGUGAUGAGGCCGCUUAUGAAAUUUAUUAUGCGGAUCUCCGCUUGAUUAAUCGCCCUGCUGAACUUGACUUUUAAAAUGGCUCAAAUAUUAAUAUUUCAUGUCUUCUCUUUACCAUUUGCUGCCCAAGUGUGAUGUGAGACAAUCAAGGCUUCAUUAGUCUGAUGAGUUGUUUAAUUGAUUGAUCGGUCUAUGGCCAAAUAUCGAUUUUAAAUGAGGGUUAUUGAUUGGCUUGUAAGAAAUAUGAAUAUACAUUUUGGAAAUGUUUUUAGCACCUUUGUGAUCGAGUUUAAAUAUGAGGAAAUAGUUUGUUAUACUGAUAACGAUAAAAUAUUAUCUGAUAUAAAACUUGAGCAUGAUAAAGAAAUUAAAAGGAUUACUAACAAGGAAGCGAAUAUUUGUAUUGAUUUGAGCUUUUGAUUCUCUUCUGAUAUUCAUUUUAAAUACUUCUAAAAGCUGAUAUCCUUGAACACACUUUUUGCUAUUCCUUUCUAAUAUUUCCCAAAACAGCAAGUACUGCUUUUCAUCCUGAAAAGGUUCUCUAAAUAGAUCCUUUGUUAUUGCUGCCCAUAUCCUUUUGCGAGGACUCCUUAUAGCACUGCACACCACUUGACACUUGACAGUUCUAG